UUGCAGGAAAAUAAUGCUUUGGACAGUAUUUAAUAUACUGUUAUUGGUCGCUACGAUUUCCGCCGAUAGUUUUUCAUCCCUUGCCUCGCUGAAAGCAUUGAUUGGAGCUGAGAGAGAUAUUCCGGUAAUGAUCAAUGGUUAUGUGGGAAAAGAAUUAGAAAGAUUAGAUUACUUGAAGAAAUUCGCCCAAGAAGUACAAGAACGUAAUGAUAAAGCUAUACGAGAUGGAGAGGAGGCGAUAACACAUCCAGUCAAUGCCUUUCUGUUGAUUAAGGGAAUGACAGCGGACUGGAAUAAAGUAGUAAAAAUUAUGCGGUCAAAUUCCGCCGAUGAUUUCAUCCGGAACGUGACUCGCCAGCGAGUUAUUAAGAAUAUCAACUAUCCUACGGAGAUGGAUCUGUCAGGCGCAGCAAUCGGUUUGUUGCGUUUGCAAGACACAUAUGAAAUGGAUACCAAAGAUAUUGCUGAUGGGAAAAUUCUGAAUUCUAAAAUGCGAACAGUUGCUUUGACUGCUGCAGAUUGUUUUGAAAUUGGUCGAGCAGCUUACAAUGCAUAUGAUUAUUACUACACCAUUCUAUGGAUGCAAGAAGCGCAAGAGCGUAUUAAAAAGGAGGCCAAUCCAACCGUGGACCUGGAAAGCAUUCUCGAAUACUUAGCCUUCUCAUUGUAUAAACAGGGUAAUCUGAAACGAGCUUUACUGCUUACGGAUGAAUUGUAUCGCAUAAAUCCAGAUCAUCCACGGGCCAAAGGCAACGUGAGGUGGUAUGAAGAUUUGCUGGAAGAUGAGGGAGUCCGACGUGCCGAUAUGCGACGAAAAGUUCCACCGAUAAAUAAUCCACGGGAUAAAAGUGACUUGAAUGAUACAUAUCAAGCAUUAUGUCGACAAGAAAUGCCUGUCAACAUCAAGGCACAAUCGCGGUUGUAUUGCUACUACAAAAUGGAUCGUCCAUAUUUACGUCUGGCACCAAUCAAAGUUGAAAUUGUUUACCAAAAUCCAUUAGCUGUACUGUUCCAUGACAUUAUGUCGGAUGAGGAAUCACGAAUUAUCGAAAUGCUUGCAGUACCCAAGUUGGACCGGGCUACAGUUCACAAUGUUGAAACUGGAAACCUUGAGACGGCUUCCUAUCGUAUUAGCAAAAGUGCCUGGUUGAGAUCGACGGAACAUGAAGUAGUUAAUCGUAUCAAUAGACGUCUUGAUUUAGCAACAAACCUCGAAAUAGCAACUGCGGAGGAACUUCAGGUUCAAAAUUAUGGAAUUGGUGGACAUUAUGAACCUCAUCUUGAUUGUUCACGAGACGAAGAUGCUUUCGAAAGAACAGGCACUGGAAAUCGAAUAGCUACAAUUUUGAUCUAUAAUGCAGCACUAUUUUGGUAUAAUUUGAUGCGUAGCGGUGCAGUAGACAUGCGCUCUUACCAUGCUGCAUGCCCGGUUUUGACCGGAACGAAAUGGACAGCGAACAAAUGGUUUCAUGAAAGAGGGCAGGAAUGGCGUCGACCAUGUGGUUUAAAUCGGUUCGAUCAGGAACGAUACGUGGGUGAUUUAGGAGCUCCCGAGCCGAAACAUCACUUAAAUAUCAGAUCAGUCAAGAAAAUCAGCAGAAAACGCUGAAAAUAUGUUUGGGUCCAAAGUUUUUGGGCGAAAACCAAAGACUGUGGAAUCUCGAGAAGAGGAGAAUAUUUUAGUUUCUUUGAAAUUUAUAUGAAUUCCAUAAGAUAUUGAGGCAUCUAUGUGACAAAGAUUCUUCUACCAAGACCACAUAGAAAUAAAUAAACCUGUUCUUUC